AUUAGAAAGUAAGAUGUGAUAUUACAAAGUGAAGGAAAUAAAGUUACCCAAUCGGAUAUUGGAAUCGACUUGAUUGGAAAAUUUUUCAGUCGAAUCCACAGCAGAUAUGAAAAUGGGAUUGACUUCGUCGCCACUCAGGCGUCGUAAUUGUUUUUUGGCCUUCAUACUAGUUUUGGUACCUUGUACAAUAUUAUUUUUAGUGAUAGGAACAGAUUUUUCUGCUGAACAAACGAUGUCACAACGAGUAGCGGAAUUUCAGAUGCGUAUGCAGUAUCUAGAAUCAAUGUACCGCGCUAAACAAGAGGAUGUAGCAAUUCUAUCGCAAUACUUUGGAUUCACUAAUCAAAACGGAGAAACAUCGAAUAUGACGAUAAAUUUAAAUCUGCUAGAUGGUCUUAGCGCAGAUUCACGAUCAAUGAUUCGUAACGUAACCGCCUCAGCCAAGUUGCCUGCAAAUCUAAAACUACCAACGGCCUUUCAUUUUUUACCACAUUUGCUUGACGAUCCAGCUUCUCUGAGACCAGGCUACUUGCAAACAAGAAACAGACAGGGGGUGUCGAUAGUCCUUGGCAUACCGACAGUUAAACGCGAUAAACAAUCAUAUCUGCUCGAAACGGUGGACAAUCUGAUAGCUAACAUGGAUGAGGACGAACAGAAUGAUACAAUGAUAGUAAUAUUCAUUGGAGAGUCAGAUUUUGAUUAUGUGUCACAAGUGGCAAACAGUAUUAUUGCAAGAUUUCCCACGUUUAUAGAAAGCGGUUUCAUCGAAAUAAUAUCACCAGCGGCGAGCUACUAUCCCGAUAUGGCCAAGUUGAGGCUUACUCUAAAUGAUUCGGCAGAGCGGGUGAAAUGGCGAUCUAAGCAGAAUUUGGACUUUGCCUACCUAAUGGCUUACGCUCAGCCGAAAGGAGCUUUCUACGUUCAGCUGGAGGAUGACAUACUAACAAAAAAAGGAUUCAUAACAAUAAUGAAAAAUUUUGCCUUAGAAAAAACGGCGAGAAAAGAGCAAAGCCAUUGGUUCGUUCUAGACUUUUGCCAAUUAGGAUUUAUAGGUAAAAUGUUCAAAUCAGCAGAUCUACCAUGGCUUAUCACCUUUUUCCAAAUGUUCUUCAACGAUAAGCCUGUCGAUUGGUUACUAUCUAACCUGAUAUAUACUAAAGUUUGCAGUAUAGAAAAAGACGGGAAAAUAUGCAAGCAAGAAAUGACAAAGCUUUGGAUUCACUACAAGCCAUCUUUAUUCCAGCAUAUUGGAACAACAUCAUCAUUAAGAGGAAAAGUUCAAAAGCUUAAAGAUAAACAGUUUGGAAAGAUUCCUACAUUUUAUCCCCAUAACAAUCCACCUGCUGUUGUCAAAACUGGAAUUCAACAUUAUAAAACAUACACAAUUCAAAAAGCCUAUACUGGAGAGAGCUUUUUCUGGGGCCUAAUGCCGCAACCAGGCGAUUUAAUCGAAUUCAGGUUCAAGGUUCCAGUAGUGUUGAAAAGGUAUCUUUUUCGAAGUGGAAACUAUGAGCAGCCUUCGGAUCGAUUCUAUAAUACGACGGUGGAGGUUCUACCAGUUAACCUAUCGGAAGAUUCACCGGUGUGGAGCACCUUUAAUACAACCAAUGAUGGUUACCUAAUCAUUGGUGCUUUCAAUGAUUUCGGAAUCGCUGAAGGAGUUGUCGAUUCAAAAAUAGGGGAAUUGAAAGAGCUGCGGCUACAUGUUUAUAGUGAUAGCCAAAACUGGGUUAUACUGCGAGAGAUAUUACUGCAAGAUGCUACGGCUCGGUGACGAAAGCGUUACCGCAUUCUAGUCCACCCAAAUAGCGUAAAACUAGAAACUAAACGAGUUACAGCAAAGCAAAAUCAAAAGAGUCUGAAGAUACUUCAACAAGAUAUAUCAACACAUCAGUUGCUAAAAACUAAGGUGUAAUUUAAUUGGUAAAAGAAAAACGUAACUGUGAACACAUUAGUUUAUAACUUUUUUAAAGUAAAGGAUACAGUGAAAGGCUACAAUAAGGUUACCAUGAUUGUUAAUCGGUGAAUGAUAGUUAAAUUAGCAAGCUAUUGCACAACUAUAGGCAAACAUGUGUCAUUAUGCAUAAAUGUCAAGUUCCAAGCAAAAUAGUCUAAGUCAUGGACUAAAGUGUAUUACUGUGAAUGUUAUUGUUACUUACAUCAAACGCGAUCUAUGUUACAUAUAAAGUGAAGAAUUUCAAGUGAGAUUCGUUAUUUCACAAAGUUGUAAUAUUGCGCAAAUGCUUAUUUAUUAAAACAUUGUCCAUGUAAAGCUGUUUGUAAUUGUUUUGUCCAUAUACACAUACAUACGAGAAUAUGUGCAACAUUGUGGUGAUUAAAAUAUUCCUAAAUUAUUAAUAUGGAUUUUCUAGGUUUGUAAUAACAUUGGCCAUAAACUUUCAA